AUGAUGAAGAACAUGGAGAAGAACUCUGAGGAGAAGAAGCUCAAGAUUGUGACUCAAGAGAAGGAAAUCGAGUGCGAGUUGAAGCAAGAGAAGAUCGUCUGCAAGGUUGAUGGACGCCGUGUCGAGGACGAGGAGGCUCUCUACGAUAUGGGCAUCAAGCUUAUCGGAGAAUCAUCAUGCGAGAUCACCAUCCCAAAGAUGACCAUCCGUUUCGAUGGAUACAAGGUCGAGAUCAAGGCUGACAAGCGCACUGAGAACACCCAAUGCGGACUUUGCGGACAUUUCGAUGGAUUCCGCGACAACGAGUUCCGCCGUGCCGACAACGAGGAGACUGAGGAUAUCGAGGAAUUCCACCGCUCGUGGCUUCGCCGUGACAACGAAUGCGAGGUCGAGGAGUCGAAAUUGAAGGAGAAGAAGAACUACGGAGUUGAGUCUGAUGAGGAGGAACGCUACGAUUCCGAGGAAUCUUUCUGGAAUCCCCGUGAAGAUUUCGAGGAGGAGAACAUGGGAGAGAAGCGAUCACGCAAAAUGCUCAAGAAGAACCUCAAGAAGCACAUCAGCCGCAAGAACAUCCGCAACGAGGAGGAGAACACCUACGAGCCCGAAAACGAGAUCGUGAUGGUUGAGCGUGAGGGAAAGACUUGCUUCUCGAUGGAGGAACAACCCAAAUGCCAGCCAGGAGAUGAGCUCAUUGAGACCGAGAACCGCAAGGUGAAAUUGGCUUGCCUUCCACGCUCGGAUCGCCGCACUCGCCGCAUUGUGAACGGCCUUAAGCGUGGAGAGGAGUCGAUCAUGGAGGAGAUUCGUUCCCUUCCAAUGUCUCUCACCGAUCGCAUCGAGUUGCCCAAACUUUGCCGUGUCUAC